GAGUCACUGAUAACAGCCUCGCUGUUUUUAUCUGACCGUGGACUUUCUAACUGAAAGGACAACCAGCUUUAACACGGACGUCUCCGGGACAUUUUCCAGGAUGGCAGUUUCCAGCCUACUUCUGAGCCUGGCUGCUCGGGCACUUACGUUUCUCUUCUUUCUGCUCGUCAUUGCGUUUCUUGGCUACUGCUUGUACAUUAAAUACAUUCAUAUGAAGUAUGACCACAUCCCCGGGCCGCCGAGGGACAGUUUUUUCUUUGGACACUCACCAACGAUGUUGAAGGCGAUGAAAAAUGACGGAGUUAUGCACGACAAAUUUCUGGAGUGGGCCGAGAAGUAUGGACCUGUUUACAGGUUAAAUGUGCUUCACUACGUUUCACUGUGUACGUACUGUCCAGAGGCCACCAAGGAAAUCCUGAUGUCCCCAAAGUACCCCAAGGAUAAAUCUGUCUACAAAAGACUCUUCUACCUGUUUGGUCAAAGAUUUUUUGGUGAUGGCCUGGUAACAGCACGGGAUCAUGAGCGGUGGUACAAACAGCGACGCAUCAUGGACCCUGCGUUCAGCAGCCUGUAUCUGAGAGGUCUAAUGGGAACCUUCAAUGAGAGGGCAGAGAAACUGAUGGAUAAACUUGCAGAGCUUGCUGACAGUAAAAAAGAAGCUAAUAUGCUUCAGCUUGUCAACUGUGUCACCCUGGAUGUUAUUGCUAAGGUUGCCUUUGGGGUGGACUUGGACCUCUUGAAGAAUAGUUCACCUUUCCCUAAAGCCAUUGAGACAUGUCUGAAAGGCAUGGUUCCCUACCUUAGUGACAUAUUUUUUGAGUACAAUCCAAAGAACAGAGGAUACGUCAAUGAGGUGAGGGAAGCGUGCCGCCUGCUCCGUACAACUGGAGCCAAGUGGAUCGGUGAGAGAAAGACCGCCAUGCAAAACGGUGACGAGGUCCCCAAAGACAUCCUGACACAAAUCAUCAAAACUGCAAGCCAAGAGGAAAACAUGACUGAAGAAGAUGAAGAAUUCAUGCUGGACAAUUUUGUGACAUUCUUCAUUGCAGGCCAAGAAACAACAGCCAAUCAACUGGCUUUUUGCAUCAUGGCGCUUGGAAGACAUCCUGAAAUACUGGAGAAAGCAAAGAAAGAGGUCGAUGACGUCAUUGGGAUGAAACGUGACAUAAGCUAUGAUGACUUAGGAGAGCUGGUCUACCUGUCACAGGUGCUAAAAGAGACUCUGAGAAUUUACCCCCCAGCUCCGGGCACGUCUCGUGAUGUUGCUGAAGACAUGGUGAUUGAUGGUAUCCACAUACCCGGGGGAUUUAGUGUUAUUUUCAGCUCCUAUGUGAGCGGGAGACUGGAGAGAUUCUUCAAGGAUCCACUGAGAUUUGAUCCCGACAGAUUUCACCCAGAUGCUCCCAAGCCUUAUUACUGCUACUACCCCUUUGCCCUCGGUCCUCGCUCGUGUCUGGGACAGAACUUUGCUCAGAUGGAGGCUAAAGUGGUGAUGGCCAAACUGCUCCAGAGGUUUGACUUCACUCUUGUCCCGGGACAGACCUUUGACAUCCUGGAUGCUGGCACGCUCAGACCAAAGAGUGGAGUGUUGUGCACUUUGAAUCACAGGGAUUACAAAAAUAAAUGAUCUUAAAGUACUUUACAUAAAAAGAAAUCAUAGUGGUCUAUAGGGUAAAACUGUGUUGAUCUUUACUCCUGCCUAAAAGCUGUGAUUAAAAAAAUAAAUUGUUAUAAUAAAAACAGUAUCAGAUAUGAAUUACAUGGUAAAGCCAUAUGAAAUGAUGGUGAUAAUUAUUUUUCACAAUAUAGAGCAUAUUGGAAAUUUUUUGAGGCGGACAGCUAGGUUUAAUACCAUUUGCACUUGUUUGCUUAAUCUUGCACAGACUCAUAUAACGGUGUGUCGUGACUUUUUUUUUCAUAACCACAGACCCCUUUGUGCCUACAACACUAAUAUGUAAGUGCUAAAUAUUAACGUUUUAUGUAAUUGGAAAUCAUUUGGAAACAAUUGUUUUAUAUUUUUGUGCUAUGCAGUGAUUGUGUACCCGAUUUGCCGUGUUAAUGCAUUUACGGACAGUGUCCACAUGGGGGCGCUGAGAUCUUGCAGAGACUUCUGGCUUUUAAAAAGCUGUUUAAAUUCAAUGUUCAGAAAAAGAACUCUCUCAGAAGUUGUCUCUCGUUUAAACACAGAUGGUAAUAUUUUUUUAAUACUUAAUUAAAUACGCAUGUAGCUAAAACCUACUGUCAUUUUAUAGGUUGAAAUAUUUUUGUUUUUUAACUAAAUAAAUAUUUUGGGGGCUUAUUUCAAUAAAACAGCCCAACUUUUCAAUGCUCAAGUAUUGUCAAAGAAAUCACGGCCAUUAAAAGUACACAAUACAUCUGUGCUUCAUUUAAUAAUAAAGAAUAAAAGUCA